UCCUAAAAGGGCUACCGUAGUAGAGAGAAUGUACAUUGCCGAGCGGCGGCAUCGGGCUGCGGGCUUUGUGUACGCCCUUUAACUGCUUGUUUUUUAAUGAUUUUAUAUUAGAGAGGCGAUGGCGUGGUAACAGUGGGACAUAAGCGAUGAGUGAUAUCCGCCAUUCCUUGCUGAGGCGAGAUGCCCUGAGUGCUGCCAAGGAGGUGCUGUACCACUUGGACAUAUAUUUCAGCAGCCAGCUUCAGAACACUGCUGUCCCCAUCGUGGAUAAAGGCACCAUCGAACUGGUGGAGGAGUUCAUCUUCCAUGUGCCUAAAGACCGGAAUGUGCAGCCAAAAAGGAUGAACUCCCUGCAAGAACUGCAGCUGCUAGAGAUCAUGUGCAGUUACUUCCAGGAGCAGAGCAAAGACGCCGUGCGGCAGAUUAUCUUCUCUGCCCUCUUCAGUCCCCAAGGCAACAAGGCUGACGACAACAGAAUGGCCAUGCUGGGCAAACUGGUGUCCAUGGCUGUGGCUGUCUGCAGAGUGCCCAUUCUGGAGUGUGCUGCAUCGUGGCUGCAGAGGUCCCAUGCUGUCUACUGUGUACGUCUUGCCAAGGUCUUAGUGGAUGACUACUGCAGCUUGGUGCCAGGGUCAGUCCAGACACUCCAGCAGAUCUUCAGCGCCAGCCCUCGAUUCUGCUGUCAGUUCAUUACAGCCGUCACUGCCCUCUAUGACCUCUCAUCAGAGGACCUGAUACCCCCUUUUGACCUUCUGGAGAUGGUGGUGAACUGGAUCUUCGAUGACCCUCGACUCACUCUCAUCACCUUCCUCAACACGCCUAUCUCAGCCAACCUGCCCCUGGGUUGUCUGGACCUCACUCCACUGUUGGGACUGGUGCGGUGGUGCGUCAAGUCCCCUUUGGCCUACAAGAGGAACAUAAAGCCUUCUAUGUCCAACGGCCACACGGGCAAACUCGCCCAAGAGACGACAGAGUGUGAUGGGGGCGACAGGGACUCACAGCCUCUGUACUCCAAGCUUCACCUGAGUGUCCUGCAGGUCCUCAUGAUGCUGCAAGCGCACUUGACGGAAAAGAACCUGUUUGGCCGCUUGGGACUCCUGCUGUUUGAAAACGUGGCUCAGCUUGUGGAAGAGAUAGCGAGGCUGAUGAAUGAACUGAACCCUCUGAAUGCCACCAAAGAAACUGAGCUCUCUUUGGACAGACUGGCUCAGGCCCUGCAGGUUGCCAUGGCAGCAGGAGCAUUGUUGUGUGCAAGAGAGGACCUGAGGUCUCUUUGUUCCCGGCUGCCCCACAAUAACUUGCUUCAGCUGGUGAUGUCAGGCCCGGUCCAGCAGCCACCCCAUUCUCCAUAUCAGCCUGGGUUUUACCCCCACAUCCACACGCCACCACUGGGCUACCCUCCCCGACCUGCUUCCGUUGCCCACGCCACUCUCCCUGCACACCCGGCGCACAACACACACUCUCCUCACCCCACCCAGACUUUUUUACCGGGGAUGACCUUUCCUUACCGCCCGAUCCGCUAGUGACGACUUGCUUCCAAAAAGCUGCACUGCUUGUAUUUCUGAUGAAAUUGGGCCAGCUAUACUUGCAAUAUGAUAAUUGUAUUCCUAAGAUGGUAUUGUGAAAUUUUGUGUUAUUUUCCAGAAAUCCAACCAGGCUCAGUAAUUCAGAAUAAUGCAUAAACUGUAAUUACACCAAACUGGAGACUCCAGAUUGGACAGUUGUUGGUACCCAAGCUGGUCUAGGGUAGGGUAGUGCAGGGAUCAGCAGAUUAUGGAACCCUGCAACAAAGAUUCUACAUGUAGAACCUUGCUGGCUGCUUGGGAAUCUGAGCCAAUGUGGAACGUAAACGGGUUUCUCAGUGACCCAUACAUUGGGGGUGGAGGGCGUUGUUCCCCAUCUUCAGUACUUGGAAGGAAAUAUACAGAAUGGGAACAGAGAGCCAUGCGGUAGUUAAGCAUUAUCAUCAUCGUCAUCAUUUUUUUUUUUAAGGCAAGCAUUUGGAUAGGUGAAGGAUUGGACCUGAUUGAGGAAUAUUCCAUAUUAUACAGUUGAUAGCAAGGUCUGGUGCUUAGCCAAAGAAGAUUAGUAGUAAUUAAAUUUGCAUUUACUAUUAAAAAAAAUAAAUUAAUAACCUUGAACUUACUUCAAAAAUGAAUCCUGUUUUAGAGUUUUUGUUCUUGUGCAGACACCGCAAGAGGCCCCCGUGGAACUGAGCAUAUAUAUGCCUGAAUUCAAAAAUGUGAAUUUACCCCAAUAAAUAUGCAGUCUUGAGUCUCCAGCUGUGGUGUACCUUUGGCCUAAGAAAUUAAGUAUGAAAUGUCCCCAGACAGUGUAUUUGCAAAUACUUAAUAUUCAUAUAUUUUCAGUAUGUUCAGUUUCUGUUUGACAAUGCAAUAAUUCAUUACAAAAAGCACAAUAAUAAGUGUUAAUUGCAGAUUAAAAAAUGUUUCAUCUUGGAAUAUGGGACUGAAAUACUGAGUUCUUUCUUGCAGAUAUAAACAGAAUUCAGAACAGGAAGUGGACCAUAAAAAUACAGUGUUUCUUGAAAAGACUAUAUCGCUGUAAAUGACUCAUUUUUGUAUUUGUUGGCCAAAUGUAAUAAAUUGCUUAUAAUAAAUUGUUCUUUAUUUCCAAAUGCU